UUUGCAGCGUACUUAAGACAUCCAUCCACCCACCCAGAAAAUCAGGAAAAAGGCAAACUCUGCUCUGCUCUGCUAACUGCUAUGCUAUGCUGCGUAACCGUUCCCCCCCACGCGGCAAAUCAUCUUCUUUAAUUCUCUCACCUUUUCUCAGACUCAUUACCCUUUCCUUAAUUGCUUAUUACUACUACUAGUACUAUCACACUCACACUACUCUUUUCAUUUUCAAUUUCAAAACACAACGGUUCCAACAUUCAUACUUCACAGUGCCGGCGACGUUAAGUGUUAACUGUUAAGAAUGUCAUCGGCAGCAAGAACCAAUGUCUCCGGCGGUGAAGAAGGAAAACACUAUCCUCCUCCACUCGCCUCUCACAACGACGUCGUCAAUGACUCUACUCUCUUCUGGAACACUCUUCGUCGCUUUCACUCUCUUAUGGCUACCAAAUUCAUGAUUCCUGUGAUUGGAGGUAAGGAGCUAGAUUUGCACGUUCUUUACGUGGAGGUUACAAGGAGAAGCGGUUAUGAGAAGGUAGUUGUGGAGAAGAAAUGGAGAGAAGUAGGUAGUGUAUUUAGAUUCUCAUCUACAACUACAAGUGCUUCAUUUGUACUAAGAAAACAUUACUUGAAUCUUCUUUACCAUUAUGAACAAGUUCACUUCUUCAAAGUUCAGGGUCCUAUAUUCACUCCCUCAGCAGACACAUUUUCUGGAAAUAGUCCCUCGUGGCGACCUGAAUUGGCUAUUGUUCAAUAUUCACCUAAGAUGGUAAAUGAUAGUGCUGAAUCUCAUGAUGAAGUGAAUGUAGAUAGUUCAUGUCUUUUGGGAAAAGGAACAAUAGAAGGAAAAUUUGAUUGUGGUUAUAUAGUGUCAGUGAAAUUGGGUUCAGAGGUUCUGAAAGGGGUGCUUUAUCAUCCAGAUCAAGUGGUUGCAGCUCCAUCAUUGGUUCCACAACAUGCUGUUGUACCAUUCAAUCUUCAAUCUCAUAGUUCUGGUAGGAGGAAGAGAAGAAAAAGAAAGUGGGACCCAAACUAUCCAAAACCAAAUAGGAGUGGCUAUAACUUUUUCUUUGCUGAAAAACAUUACAAGCUCAAAGAACUCUACCCAAACAGAGAAAGGGAGUUUACUAAAAUGAUUGGUCAAUCCUGGAAUAGUCUUAGCCCUGAAGAAAGAAUGAUUUACCAAAACAUUGGCUUAAGGGACAAAGAAAGGUACAAAAGAGAAUUGACAGACUACAAAGAGAAAAUGAAAGUUGGGCAGACUGAAGAACUAGGGCUUCCAUAAAUCUCACUGGUGGCCUUUUUGGCAGCUGAAGAAUGGCUUAGAAUUUUACUAUAACAACCGUUGACUUUUACGUGCAUAUUGCUGUGGAUAAUGGUCCACUCUGGACUGAGGUUUACAGGACUAGUGUUAUUCCUUAGAAAAGUAGUUCCACGUGUCAGAUCCUUUUGGUUUGUUUGACCAAUCUAGUAGAUGUUCGGUCUUGGUCCAUACAUUAAUGUGUCUCACAAUACUUUAUUUAAACAGGUUUAACACAAUUUUCUCAAUAUAUGUAUUCUCUAAUUAGUUAAACUUAAAUGGUCCACUAAAUUAUAUGGGUCCCACAGAAAUUUAGUAGAACUAAUUUGAAUUUUAAUUAA